AUGGAACUCGCCUCUAGGCGUCCAACGGGACUUGAACGGGACGAAGAUCAUAACCGAGUUCGAUCGUCUCUCGUACGAAAACUCGGCGAGAAGAUCGCAGUCUCUUCAGAUAUGAGUACUCCACCCAGGUUCUGCGAUCUACUGCCUGAGAGGGAGAAGAUCGAACUGAGCCCUGAUCGAGACACGAUCGCUGUUAAGCCGAGUAGACUCGAAGAAAGUCAAGGCCGAGGUGCCCGUACUCGAUUAAAAUCACUAUUCAGGAUGAACAUAGAUGCAGCAAUAUUAUUGCUGUUGACUACACUUCUAGGCAUAUUGGUCGGCUUUCGGUCUCUCCUUGUUCUCCGCAUCACAUCGUCGAGCGAAGUUUUGCAGCUGACCAGCAAAAGGUGGCAUGAUGUUUUGUUUUGUUUUUGGGAGGACACCGAGAAUUUAUUCGAACAUCUAUUCGAAUCCCUGAUAGCUCGCAUGCCUUCAAUACAGAUCUCGCUCAUGUAUUUAAUGUUUUCAAACGUUUCGGCUCACCAUGAAGUUCUCCACUAUCUUCAUCGCUAUUGUCCUUGCUUCUGUCCAGCAAUUGGCGCAAGCCCUACCUUCGAGGCGCGCCUCUACAGGAGCUUACUCACCCACAGCCCCGUGACAAAUCCCAAGGACUUCGCAGCAUUUACUUGUGUGCUAGAGAACGUUGGUAUAUCUGCCUACUGCGGUGCUGCUCAGCUUUUCGUCAGCGACACAGUAGGGCUAUACGCUGCUGCGUCAAUUUUGGCCGUCGAAGCAAGGCACUCUGCAUGGGUCAACUCUGCCGAGCCAACCCGUGGAACCCUGCUUUUGAUGUAUACUCCUCUUGAUCCGAAUCAAGCUUACACCAUCGCGCCCGGUGGGAUUACGUCGUGUCCUUCGAGCAAUAUGGCUCUUCCCGCCAAAGUUUUCCCCGCUCUUUCCUUCCCUGUCACUGCUCAACCUAACCAGACCGUCCAAGUUAGCUUCUCCGGGAACUCUACCUCUUCAGGUGAACUUUAG